AUGGCUGGUCCUUCUAUUACAACCGUGGGUGUCAUCGGCACGGGUGUCAUUGGCGCCAGUUGGACCCUCUUCUUUCUUUCGAGAGGGCUCAAGGUUAUUGUGACAGAUCCGGCAGGAGCAUCGCUCGCUAAUUACCAAUUCGUCAACAACAUCUUCGAUCACCUUCACGAAAUUGAAUUGGUGCAAGAGACCGGCCCUGAGCGAGUGGAUUUCAAGCGUCAGCUUUUCGCCGAGCUUGAUGCCAAGGCCCCAAGAGAUGCCCUCCUCCUAUCAUCAUCAUCGGGCAUACCCUCCUCACAAUUCGUUACGGACUGCAAGUACAACCCCGGCCGGAUAAUGAUUGGCCACCCUUUCAAUCCACCACAUAUGGUGCCUUUGGUCGAGGUAGUGCCUCACCCAGGAGCAGAGGAGCCCUAUAUAACAAACGCAGUCGACUUCUAUCGUUCACUGGGAAAGAAACCCAUUUUGAUCAAGAAAGAGACACCGGGAUUCAUUGCCAAUCGGCUGCAGAAGGCUCUGUACAAUGAGGCGUACAGUCUAGUCACCCGAGAUAUCGUGUCAGCGGCAGACCUCGACACUUGUAUCACAGCUGGUCCUGGCCUUCGGUGGUCUAUGACCGGACCUUUCGUGACCAACAUUCUCGCCGGAGGAGGAAACUUUAAACAUCUUCUGGAGCAUAUUGGCACCGCAGCAAAGGUCUGGACGGAAGACAUGCAAAAGCACGCAUUUGAUCUCAAUCCCGAGACAAUCAACAUCCUAGAUGUUAAAGUGCAGGAAACGAUCGGGAAACUUGAUAUAGAAUCCCUUCAGAGGGACCGCGACGAGGUAUUAUUGGAGUUGAUGAAGUUGAAAUCAAAGACAUCGUCGUUUGAAUAG